GUUGCCCUCAGCCCACGCAACAGAAAGCGAAAAGGAAGGAAGGAAGGAAGGAAGAAGGCGGAAGAAAUCCAAGUGCGUGAAGCGGGAAAAAGGCACGGAGGAAGGAAGCAACGCGGAAGCAGCAGACAAACGAAACCAGGCCAAGCCCCCGAAUUCGGCCGCCGCACACUCGCUCGCUUCGUUUCCUCCGCCGCACGCCUCAUCCGCUAGCCCCCAUCCCCACCCCCCCCCCUCGCCUCGCCGCCGCGACGACGGCCCGCUCCGCCUCCGCCGCCGUCUGGGUCUCUCCGGCGUGCGGCGGCGCCCGCCUCGAGAUCGGGGGCGCGGCGGCCGCGUUCGUGCGGUGUCAUCUCUCCUGAGGAAGCGGCGCGAUGCCGGCCGGGGGCGUCGGCGUGCAGGCGCCCGAGGCGUCGCCGGGGCGCUACGUGCGGCGGGUCGACGAGGUGCCGCCCGACGACGACGGCUGCGACGGCGUCUUCGGGGUCGACGUGCGGGGCCCCGGGGACGGCGACCCCUUCGACAUCCCCGCCAAGCGCGCGCCCGUCGAGCGGCUACGCCGGUGGAGGCAAGCUGCACUUGUGCUCAAUGCAUCUCGGCGAUUCAGAUAUACACUCGACUUGAAAAAGGAGGAAGAAAAAGAACAAAUAAGGAGGAAGAUUAGGGCUCAUGCUCAAGUCAUACGGGCUGCACUACUGUUCAAGGAAGCAGGAGAAAAGCAGAAUGGUGAUACGGAAUUACCAGAAAUUCUCCCACGGGGGUUUGGAAUUGGAGAGGAUCAACUUACAUCGAUGACAAGGGAUCAUAACUAUUCUGCUCUGCAAGAAUAUGGAGGGGUUAAAGGGCUCACAAAUUUACUGAAAACAAACCCAGAGAAGGGGAUCCAUGGUGAUGAAGCAGAUCUGUCAUGUAGGGCGAAUGCUUUUGGGGCUAACAGAUAUCCUCGCAAGAAAGGAAAAGGCUUCUGGGUUUUUCUCUGGGAGGCCUGCCAGGACUUGACAUUGGUUAUCCUUAUUGUAGCUGCAGCCAUUUCUCUUGUAUUGGGCAUCGCAACAGAGGGCAUCAAGGAAGGAUGGUAUGAUGGUGCAAGUAUAGCAUUUGCUGUCUUUCUUGUGAUACUUGUUACUGCUGUCAGUGAUUACAAACAGUCCCUUCAGUUCCAACACCUCAAUGAGGAGAAACAAAACAUUCAAGUCGAGGUUAUUAGGGGUGGUAGAAGGAUUCAAGUGUCAAUCUUUGAUAUUGUGGUCGGUGAUGUAGUAGCUUUAAAAAUUGGUGAUCAGGUUCCAGCAGAUGGCAUUUUAAUCAGUGGCCAUUCUCUUGCCAUUGAUGAAUCCAGUAUGACCGGCGAAAGCAAAAUUGUUUUGAAGGAUCAGAAGUCACCUUUUCUAAUGGGAGGAUGCAAAGUAGCUGAUGGUUAUGGUACCAUGUUGGUAACUGCGGUUGGUCUAAACACUGAAUGGGGUCUAUUAAUGGCCAGCAUUUCAGAAGAUAAUAAUGAAGAGACUCCGUUGCAGGUGCGGUUGAAUGGAGUAGCAACAUUCAUAGGCAUUGUGGGGCUUGUUGUUGCAGCAAUGGUCCUUGUAGUUCUCUUUGCAAGAUAUUUUACAGGACAUACUACAAACCCAGAUGGUACUGUUCAGUUUGUUAAGGGGCACACAGGUGUGAAAUCUACAAUAUUUGGAGUAAUAAAGAUACUAACUGUCGCGGUGACUAUUGUCGUCGUUGCUGUACCUGAGGGACUACCGCUGGCUGUGACACUAACCCUGGCUUAUUCAAUGCGGAAAAUGAUGGCAGAUAAAGCUCUGGUGAGGAGGCUUUCAGCUUGUGAAACGAUGGGUUCUGCUACAACAAUUUGUAGUGACAAGACUGGUACAUUAACGCUCAAUCAGAUGACUGUGGUGCGAUCAAUAGUUGGGGCGAUAGAGCUGCAACCUCAGGCUACUAUUGAGAAGUUGUCACCUACAGUGACCUCUCUUGUACUUGAAGCAAUUGCACAGAAUACUUCAGGCAGUGUGUUUGAGCCAGAGGAUGGUAGCACUGUCGAGGUAACAGGCUCACCAACUGAAAAGGCAAUUCUUUCUUGGGGUCUUGAGCUUCAUAUGAAAUUUGCCUUGGAGAGAUCAAAAUCCGCUAUCAUUCAUGUUUCUCCAUUCAACUCAGAAAAAAAACGCGGAGGCGUUGCAGUGAUUGGGAGAGAUUCAAAUGUUCAUGUGCAUUGGAAAGGAGCUGCGGAAAUAGUUCUCGCGUUAUGUACAAAUUGGCUUGAUGUAGACGGCUCAACUCAUGAAAUGACACCUGAUAAGGCUAAUCACUUCAGGAAAUACAUAGAAGAUAUGGCGGAGCAAAGUCUUCGUUGUGUUGCUUUUGCUUAUAGAAAUCUUGAUCCGAAGGACAUUCCAUAUGAGGAACAAAGAAUUAAUUGGGAGUUGCCUGAUAAUGACCUGACUCUUAUUGGAAUUGUGGGGAUGAAGGAUCCUUGCCGUCCUGGAGUGAGAGAUGCUGUUGAGCUGUGCACCAAUUCUGGUGUUAAGGUACGGAUGGUAACUGGAGAUAAUCUGCAGACAGCUAGAGCAAUAGCACUUGAGUGUGGAAUACUCACUGACCCCCAGGCUUCUGCACCAGUUAUAAUAGAGGGAAAAGUUUUCCGUGCAUACAGUGACGCCGAAAGAGAGGCGGUUGCCGACAAGAUAUCUGUGAUGGGAAGAUCCUCUCCGAAUGAUAAGCUUCUUCUUGUAAAGGCACUGAAGAAGAAUGGCCAUGUUGUGGCUGUUACUGGAGAUGGGACAAACGAUGCCCCUGCAUUGCAUGAGGCAGAUAUUGGUCUUUCUAUGGGCAUUCAAGGAACAGAAGUAGCUAAAGAGAGCUCAGACAUAAUUAUUCUGGAUGAUAAUUUUGCUUCAGUCGUGAAGGUGGUCCGCUGGGGUCGUUCUGUUUAUGCAAAUAUCCAAAAGUUCAUUCAAUUCCAGCUUACUGUAAAUGUUGCGGCUCUUAUAAUCAAUGUGGUUGCUGCUAUUUCCUCGGGCAAUGUUCCUCUAAAUGCUGUUCAGCUUCUCUGGGUUAAUCUCAUAAUGGACACACUCGGCGCACUUGCAUUGGCUACUGAACCACCAACGGACCAGCUUAUGAAAAGGACACCUGUUGGACGGAGAGAACCUCUUGUGACUAAUAUUAUGUGGAGAAACUUGUUCAUUCAGGCUGUCUAUCAAGUGGCUGUUCUUUUGACGCUUAACUUUAGGGGCCGAGAUCUUCUGCAUUUGACUCAAGAUACCCUCGAACACUCCAGUAAAUUGAAAAAUUCAUUUAUAUUCAACACAUUUGUCCUGUGUCAGGUGUUUAACGAGUUCAAUGCACGGAAACCAGAAGAGCUGAACAUAUUUGAAGGAGUUUCAAGAAACCACCUCUUUUUGGCCGUUGUGAGCGUAACCGUCGUGCUGCAGGUGAUAAUUAUUGAGUUCCUUGGGAAAUUUACAUCAACAGUGAGACUCAGUUGGCAGCUCUGGCUUGUUUCUCUUGCUAUUGCUUUUAUCAGCUGGCCGUUGGCUCUUGUUGGAAAGUUCAUUCCAGUUCCCCAGACCCCAUUGAAGAAUUUGAUCCUGAAGUGUUGGCCAAAAAAGAAGAAGCAAGGUGACGAAGGAGCAGCUCCUCCACCGGUGUGACACUGAACGUCUCUCCCAAGUGGCAGAAAUCAUCAGCUGCCAAAAUUCCAGUUCUGGUGCAUAUAGAUGCUUGGAUAAAUUUGAAUGCUGAUUUCUUCUAACUACGCUAGCUAGCUUUUACCUGACUAAAUACUCGGGAGGUUGAAGCCAACACUAAUGAGACGCUUCGUCCUCGCUUACUCGUAAGCUGGGGGUCUGAAGCCGACCUGAACUAAAGACCAUUUUAGUAGCCUAACAAAGGUCAGGAACUCCGUCGGCUACACACCUGUACAAAUGGUGCAGCAUGUCUAGAAUGUUCUUGCAGUUGGGAAGAUCGCUAGUAAACAAAUUUCCUUUUGGAUACGAUUGAUGUGUAUAUCGUUUCGUCUAGGUUCCCUCAUUUCCUCUAGGAUUUUGUUCUAGUGAACUAGUGAGUCCUGUGGAGAGAACUCUGGGCUUUCUUUUGAGUGGUAAUGUUUGUGUGGUCGAAUCAUGAACUUGCAUAAUGUGCAUUAAAUUGGUACUGACUUCAGUAAAGCUACCUUCUGUAUGCCAAA